AUGCUCGGGCUUACAACAAUCUUAUUUUCGACACUAAUAGUGAUUGCAUCAAGCGGUGAAUCGAAAGCUUCAGUGGGCACUUCGGUCGCCGAGCAGAGAUGCGAUGGAUACUGGGACUCCUCCAGUGGGGGCGGACGGUGCCGGCCUUGGAGUACGGGAGCAGUCGAUCCAAAGACUGUAAGCACGCGGCAGACUCCAGUUUCCCCAGUUCUUAAAAGCCAGAAACCAGAUGUGACCGGUGACGAUGCCCAAGUACACAAAAUGCAGGAGGGUGCUGCAUCGAGUCCAAUCGUAGAGAGUGGAGCUAGUCAAUCGGCUCCUGGUACUGAGGAAACCUCUAACAAAGUGACCGUGCAACUAAGUGGUGUUGCAAUUGGUGGCAGGAGUGACAAGAUUGAACAGCCAUCUCUCAGCUCCCGAAUCUCCGAGCCGGCGGCAAACGCGGCGACUGACUACAGCGAACAGAAAGUGGGUCAAGAAGGGCAGAGAUUAGGAACUGCAGAGGGACUAGAAGGCGCGAAAUACAACGGCAGAGAUGGUGGGAAAGAGGGGAAAAAGGUUUCAGAGGAGCAAACACCAGGGCCUGAUAGCCGGCACGCCUUGCAGAUGUCGAUGCGGGGCGCAGCUUCGCCGCGAGGGCAUAGCCAUAUGGCGGGAGUCACGACAGAUGAUUUGGAUGCGCAGGACCCAGCACAAAACAGUGCCCAUGAGAGGAGAAGCGCGGCGCAAAAAAGAUGUGCAGUAGUGGUCGCCGCAGCGUUCAGCUUCAUAUGCCUUUGA